UUAAUUGAGAGCUAGUAGAGCGAUUCAAAUCCGUCUAUUCUCUACCGCUGCCAAAGUGUCAAAAGCUUAAGUCACGGGCGUUCAAACUAUUUAUACAUGUGUGAGUUUGCGCGAUAAAGCGAAUUGAGGUCAGUGGAUACUAAGUGAGACAGUAUAAAUACGGGGAUUUCAAGCACCAGAAGGAGUUCGCGUCCGGUCUUCUAAGUGAUCGAUUCGUUUUCUAAGACCCGCCGAGUAACCAGUCCCGCAGAAGCCCAGCAGAGCCCGCAGAGCCGUCCCUGUUCCAAACAGCCGCGCGGAGCCGAGUCGGAGACCAACCGGUCUAAAGCUGCUGCGAGAAAGGUGAAAUCAAUUUAUUUUUUUAUUUCCGCUCUCGUAACCCAUCCCUAGAUUAGCCGCCUGUACCACCCAUUACACACUCGGGGUGUUUCUGCACCCCGGUCAUUAUCUAUUACCACUCAGAAUCUUGCCAUGGUUCGCCCUGGCUGUUCUGCACCCCGUCCCUCGGGACCUAAACAACCCGCUCCUCGUCCACCCAAUCCCCCACAACAAAAACAACCUAAAACGAAAACCCAACUACUCAAACCUCCGCAGCACAAACCUUCUCAAUUACCCCUCCCUCGAACUCCUCCGCCAACCCAGCUACCUCCCAACCCCGCAUCUUACUCCACGACACUCCGCAAAGCCCCUACACCACCACCACCACCAGCACAAUACACAGAAUACACAGAUCAGCAACUACACCCCGCCACACACAAUCCUCCCACUCCACCACUUACUCAAUCCGCCAAACGAACGCGUACCAUUUCCACCUCCUCUUCCGGUUCCGCCAUGUCCCACCACUCGAUAACCCAAACCACAACCUAUCGCUAUUGCAUUCGCAAUAUUCUCACCGCCAUCACCUCCCAAAAACAACUGUACAACUCCAUCCUCACCUUCAACCUCCCGCUUACGAACCUAAAAUUCAACCACAACCAGUCAGCCCUUAUAGAAACUAAACUCCCUGUUGCUUUCGACCUCUCCAAAAAACUCCAACACCUAUUCGGCGAUCCCAACGUAUCCUUCACCCAACUAUCCGGUCCAAAACCCCAAACCCACACCCCUAAACCACCAUCUUUCUCCUGCGUCAUCCGUAAUGUCGACCGAGACAUCACGGAAUCCGAAAUCCUGCAAGCCAUCAAUCUCCCCAGAAUUACCCGCGCUCUGCGCAUCAUCUCCCGAGCGACCAACCUCCCCACCACCUUUGUACGGAUCAUUACAACCAGCAAAUCCACCCUAGAACACCUCCUCCAACACGGUAUCUGCAUGUUCAGCAGACACUAUCCCUGCGAACCGUCCCACAUUCCAGACCCUACUCCUAAGUACUGCUCCCUAUGCACCAAAAUCGGCCACCUCUCCUCCGAAUGCACUACCCGCGUCCAAAUCUGUCCCUCCUGUGGUGAAAACCACAAACCCAACAUGUGCAAACCCGACACCCAACCCAAAUGCAAUAACUGUUCCGGACCCCACCCCACCUAUUCCUUUGAAUGUACCAAACGCAAAGAAAUCCCCAGCACUCCCGCCGAAGCAGCUCCACCCAAACCCGCCGACACCCAGUCCGUCUCCUCCGAAUCCUCCGCACUACCAGAAACCGCCUACUACCUACGCCAAACCGACUUCCUACGAACCAUAGCCCUUACCUUCAUCCAUCUUUUCCCCGACCGCCGUUCGGAGGUCAUCCAAGCAAUCGACCAAGCGUCCCAACCAUUCCUUAACCGAAGAACCUGGGCAUCCUUCUCCGGAAACGUGGUAGCGUUUUCCACUCCCUACAUAGUUAUUUCUUAA